AUUAAAUAAUUUAGGACGUGAUGCUUAUACGUUAGCCAUACUGCGUAUCUUGUGAUGCGUGGGUAUUUGCCCUUCCAUUUCUUGUACCCUCUAACGAAUGCACCUAGGAUUUGCUUGACCCACUUUGACUGACAUAGAUUGCAAUAUAAACAUCUUUGAAUAAUAUCCCAAUGAUCAUCGCUGUGCUCGGUGACCUUGUUCCACCGGUGGUCUGUUCAGCUCAUGGUGAAUGCAGCAUAGUACGAGGCGCCGCUAUUUAACAGGCGUGUGCCUUUGGCAGCCAUGUUUGGUCCACAGUCCAACAAUGUUCGUGGACUGUCGUCGCUGGAGGACGACGACGUGCACCGCUUGCGUCCGGACGGCUGUUCCAGCACGAACAACGGCGACGACGAUAGCAUUGGAAAUAGCUCGGCGUCUGGAGAGGCGCCACGCGCAACUGUGAACGCAGCCGCGCCCUCAUUAGACAAUGGGGAAGAUUACCUUAGUGGGGCAGCCAGCGCUAUGGGUGCGGCAACCAUGUCGUCGGUCUUGAGCGUCAACAAAAUGAAAAGGAGGGUUCAAAUACAGGGAGGCGAUGAGAAGGAUGCCGGCAACAGCGGCCCCGCCAGCACUCCCAGCAAUCCCACACCGCAGCAGCAGCAACAACAACAACAACAACAGCCCGCAGGCGUCCGGCUUCCCGGUCAGCCGCACAGCUUCACAUCCCAGCAAGCCGGCAACAACCGCAGCCAGCCCGGUCAUUCCUCUGGCAAGCUGCCCGCCUCGUCACAAGGCUGGUUCUCCUUAGGACGCCUCAACGCGCCGCUCGCGCUGCCCCCAGACGACCUACCUCCCCUCCACUCCGCCGCCUGGUUCAACGACCUAGACACGCUGCUAGAGCUCCUGAAGACCUCCACAGAGCCGUUAAGCAACCUGAUCUGGGUCAACCGACAACUCUACCCCCUACCCACCGACCCCUCCUCCGCCACCCGUACCCCCGCAACCACCAACCCCGGCUGCCCCACCUGCCACACCCUGCAACCCUCCCCCUCCGCACCCGCGGCCUCCGGUGCCGCCACCACCCCCUCCUCCCGCCCAUCUCCACACCACCACCAUCACCACCCGCACCCCCACCACCACCUUGCAACCCCUCCACCGCUACCCAAGGAAGCCAGCCCCGCCACCGCCGCUGCCGCGCUCAAGUCCCUGCUCCAACGUGACUACCUGCGCCACGCCUGCCACCCGCUAACCAUCGCCGCAGCACACGCCAACCACCGCAUGGUGGAUGAGCUGCUCAAGGCCAUGGCCGAGGACGGCCGCGCCAAUGCCGUGGAGUACCCCGUGACGUGGCAUGCGCCCCCCGAGGAGCUGCCGCCGGGGUGCCCCUGGGUAACGCCGCUGGCGGCGGCGGCGCUGGGCGGCAGCGGCGAGUGCGUGCGGCUGCUGUCGCAGGCGGUGGCGCGGAGGAAGGCGCUGGUGGACGACCGCAGCACGUACGGGUGCUUCAGGUUUCGGCCCGUCGUGGUUGCGCAAACAGCGGAAGCCGUACAGAGCCUCUUCACGUACGGCACCUGCCACCCCGACACGCUGCGGUACAGUCUGUGCGACGCGGCGCGGCGACUCGCCAAGUUGGACCUGAAGGCCGCAGCGAAGCAGCAGCAGCAACAGCAGCAGCAGGCUGCGGGACCCCUUCCCACGCAACAUCACCAUCACCACCACCAUAGCCACCACCACUCGCAUUCCCACACCCAUGCACACCAGCAGCAGCAGCAGCAGCAAUCCCAGACGGGCAACAAGCCGCGCUCCAAGCUCGCUCCACGACUCGACACCGACGGUGACGACGACGCACAUUCGCAAGACAGCGGUCCCGACAGCCCUCGCUGCACCACCACCACCAACUCCGUACCUGCAACCCUUCCUCUCACCCCCGCACCCUCCGCCGCAGCCACGCCACCCACCCCCAGCGCCGCCUCAGCCUUCCGCCUCGUAGCAAACGCGCUGACCUCAUCCUCCGCCGCCGCCGCCGCCGCGGACGCCGCUCGAAGCUCAGCCGUCGCAGGCGCCGUCAUCGUGGCCGCCACUCACACCCUUCGCUCCGGCGGCGUCGCCACCUCCGCCGUGGGCGCCCUGCAGGCUGCUACCAGCGCCUACCGCUCUGCUCGCGUGCUGAAGGCGGGCGAGCUGAUGCUGUUUCGCGCGCGGCUUUUCCACGACAGCGUAGGCCGCCCGCUGGCCAAGUCUCUUCAGGAGCUGCAGCCCGAGACGCUAGCUGCCGUAGCCGCGCUGAGUGCCAUGGUGGACCACGGGCUGCAACCCGACCGCUUCCUGUCGCAUGGCGAGCACCCCAACCUCACCAGCACCUCCCUGCUCAUGAUUGUGGUUCAGAACUACGGCACCGCGCUGAAAGCCGCAAGUCGAGCUGGAGGCGGAGGUGGAGGCGUUGCUGGGAGCACCAGCCGCCGCAGCAGCAUGGGCCCUGCCACCUCCCCCUCCGCGCAUGACCCGUCCGUGCUGGCGUCCAGCAUGACCGCGUCCAGCAACAACUGGGCCUUCCCGGGUGCGAGCGACCUGCUGUCGGCGGCGCAUGAGGUGCUGAAUGCGCUUGUGGGGAGCCUGCUGGCCAAGGGGGCGGUGGUGGAUGACGCGCCGCGCCUGGGCUGCUCACAGGUUGGCGGCUACCACAUGGCCCCUGCGCACGGCCCCGAGGCGGCCCUGCACCACGCCUUCAUCCACGGUCCCCAGGAGCUGGUGGUUCGACUGCUGCAGUACAGCAGCCUGCAGCCCGAGUCGCAUGAAGACUUGGUGAAGGCGGCAGCGGAGGCGGGCGGGGCGACAGGGGCGGAUGCGGAGGGCUCGGUGGGAGGCAGCAGGGAUGGCUAUGCGUCGGCUUCGGCUGCGUUCUACAGCCGCAAGUCGACGACGGAUGUGGGGAAGUCAAUGCGGCGGAUGUCAAAGGUGCCCUGGGAGAACGGGAGGAGCUCGCCGCUGCUGGCGUUUGGUGCGAAGAUGCAGAGCGCGUUGAUCGAUGGCAACCUGCCGUUGUGGCUGCACAGUGGGAGGUUCAGCGAGCUGAUGGAGGACCUGAUCAAGUGCACCAUGGCCGCCGACGCCUCCAUGGUGACCGCCGACGUGAGCUGGCUGGUGUCGGAGGUGCUGGAGCGGGCCAUGGCGCACCAGUUCGACAACCUGGCGCCGCUGCGCAACGCUCGCGCCAGCUCCUCACCUGCCGGCCCCUCCGUGCGGGGCGUCAGGGGCGGUGCCGGCGCCAAGGGCCAAGACGCCCCCGCACCCAACCACCCCCCCAACCCUACCAGCCUCCCGGGCGCCGUAGACACCGCGCUGUCAGGCAGCACAGUCAUCCCAAUCGCAGCGGAGGCCACAUCAUCGCCCCCGCCUCCCUCAGCCGGCCGUAAAUCUGCCGCCGGCGCUGCCGCCGAGGGCGUCUCCCCCUUCUCCUCCACAGGCGUCACCGGCCAAGGAGACGCAUGGCCAGAGCAAAAGCCCCAGAAUCUUCAGCCCCAGCAACCCCAGCAGCAGCAGCAGCGGCGGCCUCAGUCCCUGCAUGCCCGCAGCCGUCGCUCCAGACACCGCCGCAGCAGCAGCCAAGACGGCGACAGCAGUAGCAGCGAUAUGUCCUCUGCCUCCUAUAGCGGCGAGGGUGACAACGAGGACGGCGCUGAUCCCGAGAAAGGAACCAUAGACGAGGAGGAUGACGACGACAAGGACACGCUCACAUCCUCUGAACCCAGUGACGUCGAAGAGGCGCAGCAGCGUUUCCGAGAGCCGCGUCGCAGCGGUAAGGACGGACGGCGACGCCUGACGCGCACCAUCAUUCGCACACCGGAAGACAACAUUACCAUCACCAUCAUCUACAGCCUCUACCGCCACACCGCGGAUGCGCUCACAGCCCUGCACCAAGACCUCAAGGACGGUUCCCUAGACGGCCCGCUAGCCUCCAUGUCCCUGGGGGGUCCAAACGGCGCCGCCGCCGCCUCCACGCCCGUCGUCGCAUGCAACGCUGCACUCGUCGACUGGGCGGCGCUGCUGCGACUGGUAGCACGCAUCGCCGCUACGACACUUAACCCGCCGAAAUCGUACGGCGCAGCCGCGAACCAGAUCUCGGUGUUCACAACGGCCAAGGCGGUUAACCAACUGCUCUACGCGCGGGACUGGGCGCUGGGACCCCGUGCAGAUUUCGACGGAGCUGGAGGAGAUGGCUCCGCAACCGCCUCCUCGCCCGCGUAUUCCUCCUCCUGCGUGUCGCCGUCUGUGAUUGACAUUGACCUGCUGCGAGCCGUAUCGCGUCGGCACCCCCACGAGGCGGCUCGGUUGCUGCAUGGCAUGGAUCUACUGCGUGUCGAGCUGAAGGGAUACCGCUGGGACAGCAUUCCCAUGAACCUAGAUCAGGACUUUUAUGCCGUACUCACACGUGGCGAGAAGAUCCGAGUCAGCAGCCGUACACCCACCGUCGCGCCCGCCAGUGUGGCUGCUGCUGCCGAGGAGGCGCAGCGGCAGGUGCUGCUGGCCACACGCGCCAGGUCCAAGCCUUCUACCGUGGUGCCCGUGAACGACCCACGGUUCGGUUUGCCGCCGCCGCUACUGAAUGAAAACAGCGCAUCGGAGACCGCUUCUGCAGGCGGCGGUGGCGGCGGCGCCGGCGCCGGCGGGGCCGGCCUGGGUGAGGGUACGGAUUCGCUGACGCGGGAGGACAUCUUGCAAGCGUGCAUCUUUUCAAACAUGUGGACAGUGCUCACACAUUGCUUGCUGUCGUCGCGGCGGCUGCCCGCCUACCUCCACUCACUGCAGGUGCUGAGGCUGCGCACCUACCGCUUCGCAAUCACAGCACAGGUGUUGCAGUACGGCAGCAUUCCCGUUUUCCUCUGCAUGGGGCUGUUCCUGGCGACCCUGGGUCUGCUCGCCCGCGGCAUCCAGCUAGCCGUCCGCAUUGCAGGCAACCUGGUGCUAGCAGCCUACGGGCGGCUGGGGGAGAGCCUGCAGCCCGCCAUGAACGAAGUAGGCAAACGACUGCGCUUCCGCAAAGUGCAACGCGGGUUAGACAAGAUGCAACGCGGCGUGGGGAAGAUUGUACGACGGGUGGAUCGGCUGGCGCAUCGAGCCACGGGGGAUCGCAUGCUGACCGGAUCCACGGCGCUGAUGACUGUACGGAUCAUCCCGCAUUACUUGUCCUUCCUGGGGGUGUUGCUGGAUCCAGACGCGCUAGCAGAGGUAUGGCUGGGUGUGACCCAGCACUACCACCGGCGGCAUGCGCACUUGAACGGAGGAGGAGGCGGCGGAGCAGCAGGCGACGGCGAUGGAGGUGCAGCUGGCGGAGGAGCCGGAGGAGGAGGCCUGGAUGACGAUACGGGUCCGGCCUACCUCAGCGGCCGGACCACCCGCGUGGUGUGCAGUCGUGUUCCGCUGUCCUGCGCCGCCGCCAUGCCCGCCGCACUCCUCUACAAGCUGGCAAGCUCCCCACAGGUCAACGGGGAGCUCUUCGCCUCCCCCCUCAUGCGUGCCGUCAUCACAUGGCGUUGGCGGCACUUCACGCGCUACUUCCUGCUGCUGCAGUUCUUAGAACACCUGAUCUACAUGGCUCUCUUCAUGAUCUACGCGUUUUCGCUGUCGUACAGCCCCGGCCUGUUCACCACCAUUCUGGGCACGAGGCUGACGGCGGUGGUGCCGCGGGAGGAUUGUGCGCUGCCGCCGUCGGGGCUGCAGCGGUUCCUGCUGGGGUGGCUGGGCGUGAUGACGCUGACCUGUGUGGUGCAGGAGUUUAGGCAGAUCCUGUUCUUCAAACUGGGGUGGCUGCAGCAGCCCUGGAACCUUCUCGACUUCGCCUCCACCGCCACCGUGGCCACCAUCAUGUGCUCGCACUUCACUUGCAACGCGCAGGCGGAGUGGCUGAGGGGGCUGGCGGCCAUUGAGGUGGCCCUGCUGUUCAUCCGGCUGCUUUACUUCGCCAUGGCGGAUGACCGACUGGGCAGCUUCUUCAGGAUGGUGAUCGAGGUGCUUCGUGACUGCUGGCUGUUCUUCGUAUUCCUGGGCAUCUUGUUCACCGGUUGGGGUCUGGCGCUGAGCGUCAUGCAGGGUCAGCACAGCUCCAUUCGCGACACCUACCUGCAGCUCUUCACCAUGAUCUUCGGAGACUUCCAGCUCAGCCUGCUGCAGUCCGCGGAGGCCGGCAGCUUCGGUCUCAACCACCUGUGGCGCAUCUUCGCGUCCGUGUACCAAAUCCUGGUUACCAUCAUCCUCCUCAAUUUGCUCAUUGCCAUCAUCAACGACUCCUACGAGCGCAUCAACGACAACGAGGCCUGCGAGUCCCUGCGUAAUAAGCUCACCCUCAUCGUGGAGGCGGAGUCGGUGCUGCCGGCGGGGCUGGCGAGGAGGAUGCUCGAGUCGCUGGCAGCUACCGACCUGUACGUCAUCACGGCGGAGGCGGCCACGGUGGUCCCCAACGUGGAUGAGGGCGACGAUGGCGGCAUGUUGGGCCCCGGCGGGACGCAACGUCGCAACCUGCAGCCGCCCUCGCGCUGGAGUGGGCGCAUGGGCGAGACCAAGCGCUUCGUGAGCGCCAUCGUGGAUCAGCUCACCUCGCAGCAGGUGCACUUCCAAUCACGUGUGCUAGCAACGCUGGCGGGAUUCAAAAACAUGAGCCACCAGUCGGCUGCAGCGGAGGGUCAGGCGCCGGGUGUUGCGGCCAUGUCGGGCGGUAACCUGCGGGAGGGGGGCAGCAUGGCGCCUGGCAGGGGGCAUCAGCGGUUGAGCGCGGGGGCGCUGGGGGGCGUGGGGGGGAGCGGGCUGAUGGCGGGAGGCGGGCUGUGGGGGGGCAUGAGCGUGACGGCGCAGGGGCCGUCGGGUGGCAUGGUGGGGGAUUCGGAGGCGCUAGAGGAGGCGAUGGAUAAGCUGCUUCGGGAGAAGUUGGCGGACAUGCAGCGGCAGCAGAAGGAGGCGCAGCGCAAGCAGGAGGAGGCGCUGGCGGCAAUGGGGCGGAGCAUGAAUGAGGCGUUGGAGGAUAUCAGCGAGCGAGUGGCGAGGGCGGCGGCGCAUGCGGCGGCGGCGGCGACGCAGUCGGCGGUAGCGGCGGCGGCGCAGUCGGCUCGGCCCAAUGCGGUGGCAACGGCGGCGGCGUCCGCGGCGCGGGUGGCGCGGCGCGCGGAGGUGAUUACGUCAUCACCAACUGCGGCUGGCGGGCUGGCGGCAUCUACCUCGCCUUCCUCGAUUGGCGGGGGCGCCGAGGAGGGCGGCGGCGCCGCUGCUGCCACCUCGAGCAGCGGCAGCCGUACCAGUAACUCUGGCGGUGUUGGCAGCGGUGCCGGUGGUGGCGGUGGUGCCGGUAUCAGCACCAGUGGAGGCGGUGGAGGCGGCAGUUGUGGGGGCGGUGAAGUGCUGCUGCUGGAGCGGGGUGCGCUGGAGCUGGUGGCCCAGCGAGCGGCGGAGCAGGCGGCUCAUAUGGCGGUGCAGCGGGUGCUGCAGGCGCUGGGACAUGGGGGCGGCGGUGGCGGCGGAGUCGGAGGCGGGAGCGGGGUUUAAUGGGGGGUCAGUGGGGCGGCUAGGGGGCCAUCUUUAAGGUCGCUAGGAAUUGAUGCGGAGGGAGGAAGGGAGGGAGGCUGAGAGGCAUGCUUGUGGGAGCUUGUACCGGUAUACGCGAAAGGAUGGAUGGGAUGUUUGGGAUUCGUGGGGAGCGAGGUCGGGUGGUGAUGAGUUAGGCGUGAAUGGCACAAAGAACUGAUGUGCGGGUGAAUGAAUGCUCCCGCUUACUGAAAGGUAGGGUGCGUAGGCAUGUCCCUACGAAUUGUAGGAAGAGGGAGUGUGGAAUGCUGGAUAAGGUAACUUAUGGGGCGUCUAAUUGUACAGGACAGGUAAAGCCAUGAGUGUACUGCAACAACGGUUGGUGGUUACAACGAGCGUGCCAACAACGGCUUACUGUAGGUAUUGUGAUUACGGCUUGCUGCCUGUCAUCAUGAGUUACGGACUAGAUCCGCUGCUGAAGGAUGCAGGAACGCUAUCCGCAUGGCUGCUGUGAAGUAAUAUACUUUUUGGAACCCAAAAGGCAAGCGUGUGCCAUGUUGUGUUGUGUGGGCUUUCGUCUCUUUGCUGCUGUCUUUGCUGCUGCAGUGUUGUGACUUGUGAGGUGGAGGUUGGAACUCUUUCGUGGUUUUCAUGCCACCCUUCGUUACACAGCUGCACUGUCACGACAGCUGGAACGGGAGCGGAACCGGCUUCGCAUUAGAGAUCCAUGUUUAUCUUGGUUACGUAUUAUUUCGACAUCUGCUGCUGUGAAGCAGCGUAGUGCAGGGGGUUAGACAGACUGAGCCGCGGAAACACCGACCCUGACCGUAGUGCACCGGGGGUGUUGUUACUGAUGCAUGGGUGCUGGCGUGUUGCAGGUUGCUUGCAUGUACAGAAUUGGAAACAUGUUUAGCCAGGGUGAUGCGUUCCUCAGGUUGCACCGAGGUUGCCGGCAUGACUGACGCGCUGCCUGCAUGACAGCUACCGUUAACAUGUCGUGCACGGUGUUUGCAUGGAUGUGUGACUUGCUGUAUGACGUCAUAUCAUAAUUACUGCUUAGACCCAUAUGCCAGGCCGAUGCUCCGAGAUUGCCUAGAGUUACACCGUGCCGCAAGCGUUGGUGUCCAGAUUGUGGGUUG